GAAGAAGUGUGAUAUCCGGCGUUAAGGUUAGCGUUAUGCUAACAGUGGAGCUACAGGAAUUCUGCUUCGUAUAAUAUUAGUUGUUUUUCGGCUAUCGGCGUUUUUGUGUCGCAACUCAAGACAGAAUAUCUUGAAAGAUGGAGAGUGAAAUGUCUGACUUUGACCCGGCACCGGGACCUGAGACUAGCAGCAUGGAGGGGGAGAAUGCUCCACUUUACUGCAUUUGUCGUAAACCAGACAUAAACUGCUUCAUGAUUGGUUGUGACAACUGCAACGAGUGGUUCCACGGACACUGCAUCAACAUCACUGAGAAGAUGGCGAAAGCCAUACAGGAGUGGUACUGCAUGAGCUGCAGAGAAGAGAAUCCAACUUUGGAAGUAAAAUAUAGAUCAAAAAAGAAUCGUGAAAAGGAAUCUGAGUCGGACAGAGGAGAAGUACAGUACAGCACCCCAAGCACUCCGGACUAUAGGAGUGAAAGGAGGCGUGGAUCUAAAGUGAAGCGAUCGGUCCGUAUGUGUGGGGAAUGUGAGCCCUGCAGAAGGACCGAGGACUGCGCCCAGUGUGACUUCUGCAAGGACAUGAAGAAGUUUGGAGGACCCAACAAAAUCCGACAGAAGUGUCGGUUCAGGCAGUGUGUGGUUCGAGCCAGGAAAAUGCUGCGAGUGAAGGAAGAGGAGUUUUUUCUGCGUGAAAGGAGGGACAACCACCACAGAAGGAGGCGCUACUCGGACGACGACGACAGCGAGGCAGAUCUCUACCAGCAGUACAAGGAGGCGGGACUGAACAGCAGCAUGCUGUGGGGCAGUGAUGAUGAUGAAGAGCCAGCUUUCAGUCCCGUCAUGCGUAAGAAAGCUAUAAAGGUGAAGCACGUCAAGAGACGAGAAAAGAAGUUCGACAAAAAAAAAGAAUCGCGUCGUCAUAAACAGAAGCAGAAGCACAAAGACAGAAACAGACACAGUGAUAGGGGGGAUUUUCGGGACAGUGGGGGUCGGCGUCAGUGCCUCGGGCCUAACUGUAUGAAUGCAGCAAGGCUCAACUCCAAAUACUGUUCUGAUGACUGUGGCAUGAAGUUAGCAGCUAACCGUAUCUAUGAGAUCCUCCCGCAGCGUAUCCAGCAGUGGCAGCAGAGCCCAUGCAUCGCCGAGGAGCAGGGUAAGAAGCAGCUGGAGCGCAUCCGCAGAGAACAGCAGAACGCCCGGCUCCGCCUCACGGAGAUGGAGCGACGCUUCCACGAGCUGGAGGGCAUCAUCGCCAAGGCCAAACAGCAAGCGGUCCAGCAGGACGAGGAGGUGAACGAAGGAGACAGCGAGGACACAGACCUGCAGAUUUUCUGCGUGUCUUGCGGUCAUCCGAUCAAUCCAAAGGUGGCACUACGACAUAUGGAGCGAUGCUAUGCUAAGUAUGAGAGUCAGACGUCCUUUGGUUCCAUGUAUCCAACAAGAAUAGAGGGCGCCACAAGACUCUUCUGUGACGUGUACAACCCCCAAAGCAAAACGUAUUGCAAGAGGCUUCAGGUUUUAUGUCCAGAACAUUCCAGAGAUCCAAAGGUCCCAGUGGAUGAGGUGUGUGGGUGUCCUCUGGUGAAGAAUGUGUUCGAGCUGAUAGGAGAUUACUGUCGAGUUUCCAAACGGAAGUGCAACAAACAUUACAACUGGGAGAAGCUUCGGAGAGCUGAGGUGGACUUGGAGCGUGUCAGGGUGUGGUACAAGCUGGACGAGCUUUUUGAGCAAGAGCGUAAUGUCCGGACUGCUAUGACCAACAGAGCCGGUCUGCUCGCCCUGAUGUUGCACCAAACCAUUCAGCACGACCCUGUGACCACUGAUCUCCGUGGCAACAAGGAUAGGUAGUCAUCCUGGUCUCAUGUUGAUUUUGGAUCUGCAGAUCAGUGUGUUUGAC